AAGGCCACACCCAGCACCGUUGCCUGCCGGCCCCGAGCUGCCAUGGAGUGCAUCGUCCGCCCGGCCCAGAGCGCCGACUGCGACCACGUCAUGGGCAUGAUCCGCGAGAUUGCCGAAUAUCAUAACCUGCUGGACGAGGUCAAAAUCAACUCCCAGGUGUUGAGGGCUGACGGGUUCGGAGGGGACCCCUUUUACCAAUGUCUCGUAGCGGAACUGGGCCCGGAGCAAGGAGACAAGCAAGGUCACCUAAUCGGCUACGCCUUAUUCUUCUUCGGCUACAGUGUGAACACUGGCCGCAUCAUCUACUUGGAGAAUCUAUAUGUGCUCUCUGAGUUCAGAGGCUGGGGGAUCGGGAAGAAGCUGAUGAGUGAAGUGGCCAAGGUGGCGCUGGCUCGGGGCUGCGUCGAGAUGAAGUUCACGGUGGUGGAGUGGAACAGCCGGGUCCUGGCCUGGUACCGGCAACUCGGGGCCCAGGACAAGACGGAGGCGGGCGGCUGGCACUGCAUGGAGCUGGGUGCCGAGGCCCUGCACAGGCUGGCAGGGGAGGGACGUUGAUCCGGGGCCACGGGGAGCCGGGCUGGGGCGACAGAGCUCAACCAGCCGGAGCCCUCCGGGCCCCACGGCGUCCUGCGUCUGCCUCCCCCACCCCUCCAUCUGUCCCUCUAUCCCACCCAGCCCUCCAGCCAGCCAGCCACCUCCCACUGGCCUCCAUCAUCCAUCCAUCUCACCCCAGUGUCCUCCAU